AUGAAGGAAGAAGAAGCAAUGGGAGAAUUUAUCGAGAAUAUCUUAAAGCUAAUUAACAUAAAGGAGGCAUCUUCAGGUCGUUACACGUUCUCUGAUGAGCCUGAAAUUGCGAUUGAGGCUCUCGUCUCCUAUCUCUAUACUAGGGACUAUGAUACGAAGGUUGACAGUGACAAGAUGCAAACAGCAGAGUCACUUUCGGACUUCAAACUUUAUGCCCAUAUGUUUGCAAUUGCCGAAAAGUAUAAAGUUCAAGGGCUAGCAGACCUCUCUGCUAAGAAUUAUCAAGCAUGUCUUGAUUUGAUUACCGAUUGCCCUGAAUUCAUUCGUUUCAAGAUUCUAUACCAGAUGUCCAUGAUCUAA